AAAAUAAUGAAAAAAAACCGCGGCUGUUAAACUAAUGACGUCAUCAAUAAGCGACGUGGGGGUUGGAGCUGGACAACAAACGUGUAUCGUCGGUGUUUCUCCAAAUGCUCGGAAAUUACCUCUUUUGGACUUGAGACCACUCAACCCUCUCCUUCCUUUGCUUCAAUAUUGUGCUCCAACCCGUUCCAGCUCCCAAUGAAUCCAAUAAUUAGACAGAGACUUCCUCCGUCCGUGAGGAGCCUGCUAACGGACAUCGGUCCAAAGGAGGAAUGGACCGACACAGAGCCCGACACCGUGACCAGAGACGGGGUUGUCCUGCCGUCGAGAGGAGCCGCUUCUGGACAAGAGGAGUUUCUCACGCCGGCCAAGACCCGAGCGGAGGCCGCGGUGGAUGCAAGUGACUCCAGAAGCGGGGCCGUCUGCAUGCUGUGUGAACGUCAGCCCUCCUGUUACACCUGCCCCCGAUGCAACCUGCAGUACUGCGGCCUGUCGUGCUACCAGAGCCCACGACACUCCGUGUGCUCUGAGGAGUUCUACAAGGAGUCCGUUCUGCAGGAGCUGAAGGAUAUGGGGAAAACGGAAAGUGAAGGGAGGCUUAAAAUGCAGGAGAUUCUCGUGGGACUCAGGCAAAAGGCGGAGACGGCAGCUGGGGGCAUGGAAGGUUUGUUAAAGGACGCCGGUAUUGUGUCGGAAGACGCCGAUGAAGGGGAAGGCGAGGCGAAAGAGAAAGUGCAGGUUGUGGAACUCCUGUCCAGGUUAGCGGAGCUGCAACAGUCAGGGGAGGGGAGUGCAACAGAGAUCGAGGGUAUUUUGAGACAACUUGCAGACAUUGGGGAAAGGGACUCUGGAGACAUGAUGGAGGGCGCCGAAGGUGCAGAGGCGGAGCUGGAUUUGGCCGAUCGGCUGUCAGGGCUGGACAUUGACAAACUUUCAGAAGAGGAGCUGUGGGAAGUUCUUAAUAGUAAAGAGAAAGAAGCGUUUAUGGGUCUCAUGAAGGGUGGAGCCCUUGGCGGACUGAUUCCCCUGUGGAAGCCUUGGUGGGAGGAGCAUGAGGAUGGUGGCAGAGCACUGGUGGAGGUGCUUGAGGAGGAAGUGAGCAGGCGGGCAGGUGAAAAUUCAACAACUAUGGCUGAACAGGAUAAUGAGGUCAAAACCUCACAAGAAGUGGUUCUGAAUCAGAGGAAAUCAGCUACAAAGUUGAGGAAGAUUAAAAGAGGAAACAAAUUGGAAACCGGCGACGAAAAGGGAAGUUCAGCAGUUACUGCUGUCCCUCAAAUUUCUGCUAAAAUCCCCAAAUUGACUUCCUUAUGUGCAAAUUCAUCUCCACUUGUAUGCUAUGGUUUGGUCAAUGCACUUUUUGGCUACACCUUCACCCUGUGCCUGUAUAACAAUGACACUGAUUCACUGAUAAUUGAGUUCUGUGACAUGAUUCUUGCUUUGUCUGAGGCACUGAGCUCAAGCAGGGUGUUCAACUCUGUGCAAGAGGCCUUGGACUGCGGAGAAACUCUGAUAUCAGGUGGAGGGUACCUGGACAAGGAGGAUCUUCUUGCCCCAUCCAGGGCUCUGGAAGCCGUGGCUCACAUCGCAACCGGCCGAGACCGAGAGGAUCCUGCUGGAUACUGCCUGGCAGCCUUGAGUCAGCUUCGCUCAGUUCUCUCCCAGGCCAGAAAAGCUCUUUCUAAAGAGGGUGAAGAAGGAGCAAAGAGACAAAAGUACUUCCUGGCAAGCAAGAAGUGUGAAUUCUUUCAAGCCUGGGUGUUGGACAAUGAACCCAGGAUUCGUGGACUAGCCAUUGAGAUGUGGAAUGAACACAGCAAAAGAGAGAGUGCCAGGAGCAGCAUGGAGAGAGACAGGGCUGUUGUUGAAGAGAGCUUGAAGAAAGGGAAGAGACCAGGGAAAGCUCAUUUAAUUGAACAACUGACCUAAUGAAAUCUUUCUCGAACAUAUUGAUUUUUGUAAGCGUUCAUGAUGUAAUAAAAAAUAAACAUAUAUAAUAAAAUACA